AUGUCUACCGGAGCUUCUUCAGAUGGACUUUUCCGCGGGAUCUACGACGGCUGUAUCUCCGGUCACGACAUGGACAUCAGCAACCGUCCGUACCACCGCAACUGCGGCUGCGCGUUGCACAAGAUGCGCCGCAACUGCACGCACGCGCUGCCGAAGAGUAAGGUGUCGUAUCCGAUAAGGAGAGCUGGGAGCGAGAAUUCACUGGCGCUGAUGGUCUCCGGUCAGUCUUCUCCGGCGACGCCUCCGGCGAAUGGAGAGAUCGGGAGGACUAAUUCCAGUUCGAGCUUGCUUUCGUUUUACGAAGACUCUGCUGAUCCGUACAAUAAGCCGGGGAAUUAA